AUCGAACGAGGUGGCCUGGCUGAUAAAGCGCGCCGCGGUGGACAUCGAAAGGCUAAGUAACCCCGCGUUCGAUGCUCACGCCUGGCUGUCAUUGGAGAGGAGAGAUUGGCGAGAGUCCCGACAGCAGAGUAACAACGACGGAGCUUUCGAGGACUCUCCUUUGAAUAUAGAAAUUGUGAAAUAAGUGGCGGCGGAUCUCUCGUCUAACGAUGAUAAUCAUCGUCUACGCCUUCAUCGGAGCCGUAUUGCUCGUCGUGACUGCAGUUUUGGCAGCGCACGUGGCCCGGUGCAAGACUUGGAAAUACGUGAAGCACAUGCCGGGACCUGACGAGACGUUCCCGAUGCGCACGGUACUGCAGGUGCAGCUGAAGGCGUCUGCGAUGAAAGACGUGCUGCCUCCAACUGUUGUGUACAUGCAGUCACGUUUUGCGUUAACUCUGAAGUAUCAAAAGGAGGGAUUCUUCGCCUUUUACCUUGGCACAAGACCAUUAAUCACAGUAUACAAGGCAGAGUACGUCGAGACGUUUUUGACUAAUCGCAACACGCAAUCAAAGUCUUUUCAUUACGGGCUCCUUCAUCCGUGGCUGGGAACUGGACUUUUGACGAGCGCGGGACCAAAAUGGAAAAGCCGCAGACGAAUGUUGACGCCAGCUUUCCACUUCAAGAUUCUUGAGGACUUUGUAGCUCCAAUGAAUAAGAUGGCCAGGCGCACAGCCGCCCGAAUCGAUGACCAAUUCAAGGAGCCCUGGAUUGACACGGUACCUAUGGCAGCUGCAUGCGCCUUGGAUGUCUUGCUCGAUACCAUAAUGGGUGUCUCGAACUCUAAGAUUGACAGCGAAUGUCAGCGCUACGUGAAAAACGUGAAAUCUGUGGCGGAGCAAACAAUAAAACGGUCGCAGGCUCCGUGGCUUGCACUAGAUUGCCUGUACUACAGAACAGAAGACGGAAGACAAUAUCAAAAGAACGUGUCUCAGAUUCACGCCUUCACAAAAAAGGUUAUCUCCAAAAGAAGAGAAGACAUAAUGAAUGAAAUAAACUCGGAAAACAAGGAAAAAGAAGCGAGCCCAACACUCGAAGACGACCUCCACCUUACGACGAGAGCAUCAAAGAGAUUGACUUUCAUUGACAUCCUGCUUCGUUACAGCAUACAGGUCGACUCUUCCUUGACUGACGACGACAUACGAGAGGAAGUGGAUACAUUUAUGUUCGAGGGACACGACACAACUGCCAUGGGCAUUGCUUGGUCCCUUUACAUGAUUGCAUUGCACUCGGACGUUCAAGCUAAAAUUCAAGAAGAAUUGGACUGUGUCCUGCAAGGUGACUUAGAUGCUGAUAUAACGUUGGAAGAUUUGAAGGAGCUCAAAUACUUUGACCGCGUGCUCAAGGAAAGCCAACGCCUAUUUCCAUCGGUACCCGUUAUUGCGAGAUCGGUAGCGCAAAAUAUUAAAAUAGGUGAACACAUUGUUCCAGAGGAGAGCGACGUUGACGUCUUCAUAUAUGCUCUACAUAGAGAUCCAAGUGUGUUUCCAGAUCCUGAAGUGUUCGACCCCGACAGGUUUCUACCAGAAAAUGUUGUACACAGACAUCCGUACGCGUAUGUGCCCUUCUCCGCGGGUCCCAGGAACUGCAUAGGUCAGAAGUACGCUUCGAUGGAAGUUAAGAUCAUCGUCGCUACCCUUCUUCGACGCUUCUUCUUGAAGGCAAUUGAUCGGCGAGACCAGCUGAUGCUGACAUGCGAACUUGUGUUGAGGCCAGUGAAUGGACUCAGAGUUGCUUUUACGCCACGCUCACGGGGCAUCUGAGCCCAUGCUCCUGGUCUAUUUCUUGAGGUAUCAUAGCGGUGACUGUCUGGCUGGUCUUUCCGCCAAGAACUACGAUCGCGCAAGAUCAUUGAUUAGGAAGCAAAACGGGAAAUGCUGACCUCGUACACUUGCAACCAAAGGACUGAAGAUGUUCCCAUUUGUUUCGAGAGUCCCCAUGUCAGGGAUCCGUACGUUUUAGGUCGAGGAUGAACCAUACACGUAUAGCGUUGGAUAAUCGGUCAUGAAUCCCCUAGAAACUCUCAACGUGGAUGGACAUACUAAAUGUACAAUGAAGUAA